AUGGAUAGCAUUACGGAUACUGGGGUCGAAAUCAAAGACAACUUCGCGCAAUUGCUGAUUUUGGAAGCGACGCAGGAUGAAGAAUUGGUCGCACUGGAACAUCACGACAAGCGGUGGGGCUUUUUCAUCGGCAAGCACGUGUUGACAACAAAAGAGUUCCCAUUCGAUCUGGAUACAACUUCAGCUGCAUUGGUCACUCUGAAGAAUUCAAAGGAGCAUAUAAACACCAUGCUUGAUGAUAUGCUUGACUUUAUGAAUAGUGAGGGGUCAUUAUGGUACGUACACGCCAUGUAG